AUGAGUUCCACUUUUGUCGUGUACCUUUCAAAAACUCCGUCCUUGUUUAAAUCCGCACUUUGUUUUCUGUUGGGUUUCAAUCUGCGACGUGAGUUGACUUGGUCCUUGUUACUUGUAGUUUUGCUUAAUAUAGAUGGGUCGCGUCAUCAGAAGCCAACGUAAAGGUGCGGGAAGCGUUUUCAGGGCUCAUGUCAAACACAGGAAGGGAGCGGCCCGUCUGAGGCCCGUGGAUUACGCUGAACGACACGGCUAUAUCCGUGGCGUUGUUCGCGAAAUCCUUCACGACCCAGGUCGUGGUGCUCCUCUUGCCCGAGUAGAUUUCCGAGAUACCUAUUCCUACAAGCACAUCAAGCAACUGUUUAUCGCCGCUGAGGGCAUUCACACCGGCCAGUUCCUGUACUGCGGUAGCAAGGCCCCACUGCAGGUGCGUCUGGGAUUAUGGUCUUAUUAUAAUUAGAUUGGCAACGUUCUUCCCCUGUCAUCUAUGCCAGAAGGUACGGUCAUCUGCAAUCUUGAGGAAAAGAACGGCGAUAGAGGCCGCCUUGCCCGUGCCGGUGGCACCUACGCAACAGUUGUCUCGCACAACCACGAUACUAAGAAGACGCGGGUGAAGCUACCUUCUGGAGCCAAGAAGGUCCUAUCCUCGGGUUGUCGUGCAAUGGUGGGUUUGGUAGCUGGUGGUGGCCGAAUCGACAAGCCCAUCCUCAAGGCUGGCCGUGCUUAUCACAAGUACAAGGCAAAGCGGAAUUGCUGGCCUCACGUUCGCGGUGUUGCAAUGAACGUAAGUUUGUACCGGGUUUCAUGUAUUCAUUGAGAGUGCUUGAAUUUUCAUUCACUGAUAUCCAAAUCAUUUCUUUCAGCCUGUUGAACAUCCCCACGGUGGUGGUAAUCACCAGCAUAUUGGUAAACCAUCCACUAUCAGACGUGACGCUUCCCACGGCCGGAAGGUUGGUCUUAUUGCUGCCAGACGAACAGGCAGAAUUCGUGGUACCAGAUCUACUGUCGCCAAGUCUGAUAAGGAAUAA